CUUCCUGGAGCGUGAGUCCUGAAUGACACAAAAAUCAUGGAUGAAAACCAAUGCCACUGAGAGAUCUGUAGUUAGUCGACUGACAGAUAGAAGGUUGCACUUGAAAUCAGGAACGUAUAGCACUCGAUUGAGUACUAGGCCAUUGUUUAAUUUUGCCUUGCCGAUUCCCUUUACCGGUACACCUUUAACAUUGGGAAUUUCGACCUGCAAACCAUUGCUCGUGUCGAGCUCACCAACAAAAACAGAUAUAUCUUUAGAGAUAUGUUCAUUACAUCCUGAGUCGAUAACCCAAGAAUUUUGCUCUGGAUGGAAAGAAGAGGACAUCGUACCUGCCAUGUUGACCAUAGGAUCGGCUGUGGUUUUGGUUUCGGCCUUGAGGAAAGUCUUGAGCUGUUCAACACACAAGCAUCGUCCGAUCUCAACCCUAGCAGUCAUGGGUCUAGGGGAUGGCGAUAAAGAGAAGGGCACCAUGUCCGACGUUGCAAAGGAUGGUCCAGAUCCUUCUUCGCCAUAUUAUCUUCAUCCGUCGGAUCAACCGGGGCAGGUUUUUGUUGGAGAAUUGCUCACCGAAUUGAACUAUGGUGAGUGGGCAUCUGAUAUGCGUCAAGCCCUUCUAGCAAAAAACAAGCUAGCUUUUGUUACCGGCAAACUCACCAAAGAUGCAGAAGGGUGGCAAUCGGAUGCGUGGGAGCGAUGUAAUGCAAUGGUCAUGGGCUGGUUGAAAAAUUCUAUGUUACGAGAAGUAAGGUUGAGCGUCCGCUAUGCCGAAACCGCGCAACAAAUAUGGUCCGAUCUCAAAGAGCGCUUUGGCAUGGGCAGCAUGGCUCGUCUCUAUCAACUUCGUCGAUCCAUUGCCCUUCAUCAACAAGAAAAGGUCAGCGUUUCUGGGUUUUACACUAAAUUGCGCAGUCUAUGGGAUGAAAUUCAAUCUACUGCGCCUAUCCCUAAGUGUACUUGCGGCCAUUGUACGUGUGGCAUUGAAAAGCAAAUGCGUGAUGCUGAGGAUAGCAAUCGCUUAUUCGACUUCUUAAUUGGCCUUGAUGACGUUUUCACUACUGUCCGGAGUCAAGUUCUAUCUAUGCGGCCAACUCCAACCCUUGGCGAAGCUUUUCAGAUGGUGAGCAAUGAUGAACAACAGAGGCUCAUCACUAGCAAUCGCCGACCACAGGUGGAAGCAGCGGCCCUACAAACUCAACGGGAUCCCGCGCCUACCGAUAAGGGGGAGUCUCACCCUUGUACACCCGAGGGUAGGCCGUUUUGUACUCAUUGUCAGAAGGCUGGUCACUUCAAAGACAGGUGCUAUGAAAUCAUAGGAUGGCCGUCCGAAACUACAUCCACUCGUGACCAAGCAUCGGGCCGAGGUGGACGUGGCAGGUCCGGGGCUCCUCAAGCAGCUCAAGUCGAUAUGAAUGAAGUUUCCAUCCCAGGACUCUCGGCAGCUCAAAUUGAACUGCUCAAGACUUUCCUCAAGGCCGAAACCAAAACCACAGCCGAUCCUAUGGUCAACAUGGCAGGGGUUUGCGAUAGAUUUGCGAAAGUAUCGAAAGAUUGAGGUGGAAAUCCGAUCCGGUGGUAGAUAGAAGAUGAUUGGGAAGAUAAAAUUGAAAGAAGAGCGGAGGACAGCCGGAUGACGCAUCAAAAGCCUUUGGAGACAAGCGACGAUGGUGGUUUUGUGAGAGCUCGAAACGACAAUGAACCCCAAACCCAUACCCUUCUUCUCUCUUUCAAUCGACCGAGAAGAACCCCAAUCCUAGUUCUCACGCGUCGGUCUUGCCACUGUUUCGUCUCUUCUCCGCCGACCUUGUGCAUGUUUUGAAAAUAGGGUAUCCGUCUCUCCUACCCAACUCUCAUAUCCGCCGCAGGGGUAAAGGAAGACGAUGAUUGACGGCGAUGGCGAUUAAGAGAGGAAGAGGAUGAAGAAGUGUUGCUCUUGCUGGCAUUUCAGCAGAUGGCGGUGGUGGUUGUGCAAAUCUGGUCGGAGAGUUGAGGGAGAAGUUGGCUGAGAAAUCCAUAAAGGAGCAGCAGCUUCGGAAGGGAAAAAUCAGCUGAGAAAAUGAUGGAGAAGAUGAAUAUGAUCUGUCCCGUUGGCGCUUCUUCUUGUCGUAUUUCGAGCAACUGAGAGGCGACAGAGAUGAAUACGACGUAGAUGAUGAUAUAGAGAAAACAAAUUUAGUGAAAAUAUUUUUUUCAUUGUUUUGAAAUUUGAAUGUGACGUGGCGGCAAGGUGGCAUGAAAUGGUGUGUUGGAGCUUAUGUGGAAGCUGAGUUGGAAGUUGAGGUGGCAUCCACAUAAGCAUUUCAUUAAUGUUAUUGACAAUUUUUCUAAUGGUGUUAAAGUUGUUGACGGAAAUGGCUAAAUUAGUCAUACAAGUUUAAAACGAGUGGCUAUGUCUGUGUAUUUUUCAAAAUUUGGCUAUUAUUGUCACAAAGUGAAUAAUUAUGGCUAUGCAAGUGUACUAAGCCAUAAAUUAUAAUUGCCGCAAUAGAAAAUAAAUAAAAAUGGAAAAUGAUGUUAUUAUUUUAUGAGAAACAAAAUAUGAAUAAAACGGGUUUAGUUCAAAAUUUUGGUAAGUUCUGAAACUGAAUUUUGAAAUUGAAAACCUGCCUGUAUUUUGGUAUUUGAUUACCAUAACUUUUUUUAUUGAGUAUCACAUAAAUUAAAAAAGGAAAACUCUUUUGAGAUUAAUACAUGUAGUAGGGUGUAUAUGGGUCAGGUGGUCCGGGUUUAGGCAUUUUAAUCACCCGACCCAUGCACUACGGUUUGGAAAAUAUUAAACCCAAACCCACCCAAAAAAUCUAAACCCUACGGUUUGUUUCUAAUUGGGUUGGGUAGGGUUGGCGAUAUUUUUAAGUAAAAAACCCAACCCAAUACAAAAUAUGUAAUUGUUCUACACCAUUAAAAUAUUUUAUAACUUAUUAAAAAUAACAAACAAACCGACGUUAUCAAAAUUCACAAAUGUUGUUUGAAUUUUAAUAAAAUUUGAUUUACUUCAACUUAUGUCUGGUUUUUUUCACGAUAUUCAUUGAAAUAGGCUAAAAGGUUAAAAAUGAAUGCAUCUAUAAUAUGUUAUUCUAUUAAAAAUGUACACAAGAAAAAGAAUUACGUGAAUCAUAGCUAUAUUAAAUCUAUGUCUAAACUUUAAGUCGAAGAAUGCAUUAGAUUAGGGAGACCUUAAGAGAAAAACAUGGCGAAAUGUCUUAAUUUUCUCAUAAGUAUGACUAUAUACGACAUAAAUAUUUUUUUGGAUACGAACUCUUACCAAUAAUUGGAACACGGAUUGGAUCGGGUUUUACGGGUUGUGUAAUCCAAAAUCCAAACUCAACCCAAAAGAGGCGGGUUGUACAAAAAGAAAACCCUCACCAAACCCAAAAUCUUCAUUUUAACGAUAAAUACGGGUGGGUUGAGUCGGGUUGGACGGGUAGGUCAGUUUGCGGGUGUGUUUUAUUCAUCCCUACAUGCAAGUAAUAUUCAUGUAUAACGUUGGUUAUCAUAUGAUUUAUUAAUUCUGAUUUGUGAUGAGUUGAUUACCCUCAAAAUACUAAACAUAACCUAAAAGCGUAACCAAAAUUAAAUGGACAUAUAGAAAUGUUGGAAUUCAGUAGCAUGUAUGAUAUGGAUGCAUUUUUGGAAGUGAAGAAACCUUCAGUGGCGACAUAUGGCUCUUGUUCAUUCCGGAUGUUAACAGGUGUAACCUAUGCAAUUGCAAUCGGUAUAUGAAAUCAAUAGCUGCAUGCCCAAUUGAGAACAUUCAAUGCAAUGGCCAACGGGGAUCACCAUCUAAUUCAUCUUUCUUUCCGUCUGUGUUUUGGUAAAAGGCAAAAAGUAAUCAGAAAGAAGAACAGGCCAAAAGAGGGAUUGAAUGGCGGGUUUUGGUGGUGGCUAACCAAGUGAGGUAAGAUUACAAUUCACCCUCCUUCCAUCAAUUACAGGGGAUGGGUUUUGACAAGUUCUAAUUGAUUAAUCACAAAGGCGGAACAACAAACGCAGCUAAUUAAAGGCAACCAAGAGAAGAGAAGAAAGGAAGAAAAAAACAGCCAUCUGGGGAAAAGAGGAUGAGCGCCAUAUCGAGACUGAACUGAAGUGGGCGAUUGAUUGGAUAAAUUGGUGGAGAUCGAUCAAUUGGGUUCAGCGACAUGGUAUGUGGGAUUGAUGGGGGAGAAGGAAGAACGUCACCUACUGGAGGAAAGUCGAUGGAUGGGCUACAAGGGAAAGAAGCAUAGUGGGGAUGAAAGUCGACGUAGGAAAAGAGGAAGAAAAGUCAAAGAAAAAAAUUGGGUGGCGGGAUUCGAAUCCCCGACCUCAUUAAAACACUUCAGCUAAAAUUGAGAAAAACAACGAUUUCAUGAAAAACAACUAUUUGUUGUUUCCCGCAAGUAGGGCUGCAAAUGAGUCGAGUCGUUCCGAAUUUUACCCCAGCUUGAGUUCGGUUCGUUAAUAAACAAGUCAAGCUAAUAAACGAGUCGAGGUUGAGGUAGCUUGUUUAAUAAAAUCUUGACUCAUAUUUGAUAAAUUCAUUUUGUAUGUAAUGCAUGAUAUAUGUGAUUAAUGUCAAGAUGAAAAAUAAAUUUAUAAUAGUUAAGUGUUCAAUAUUAACUAAUCUCAUGUUAUACUUUGUGGUAGCAAAUUAUUUAGUUAAUGAAUUUUAACUAGUGAAAGUUAUGUUAUAUCAUAGUAUCAAAACAAUCUAUGAUACAUAUUUUUUUUUAAAAAUUAAAUAAGACAUACUUGUUCAAAUAAUCUACGUGUUAAACUAUAUAUGGGAUGAGAUAUAUAGUUUAACAAUCCUAUAAAUUAUCCAAAUCAAACUCAUAUAGAUCGAUUAGCUCAUAAGUAGGUUAUUGAGUUGGGUCUCUUGCACAUCUCAUGAGCUCUAAACGAGCCAACUCACAAGUUGAGCUCAACAAACCAUUGAGUCGGGUUACCUCGCAAGCUCCGCGAGCUGUAUAAGGGUUAGCUCAAACCCGACUUGUUAGUAAACGAGUCGAGUUUCGAAUGAGUUUUUCCAGAGUCGAACGUCGAGCCGCUCGGCUCACUUGCAGCCUACCCGCAAGCUACCGUAUUGGUUGCCCCAUGGUUUCCCAAAUGAAAAUAGUUUUCCCAUGUGCACACAAGUGAACACGGUUUUUCUUUUAUGUUUACAGAUUUUUGUUGUGGCAAUGAAAAACCGGAAUGAAA